UGUGUUUAAUACUUUAGCUGCACAAAGUCCUAACCAAGAAAAGUGUGUAAAACGUUCUUCAAAACAAAAUGUAACACUAAGUGGAAUUAGUUUGUCCUGUGGACAGUGUUAUGACUGCAAAAGGAAAUGAAAAACUCUACACAGUUUUCAUAUUUCACACUCGGUGCCUACUCUGACACAGGGGUUUUAAAAUACGUCUAUUUCAUGAUUAUUAUGUCUUUAUAUAUGUUAACUGUUUGUGCCAAUGUGUUGCUGAUUGUGGUUAUCUGUCUGAACAGGAGCUUACAUGAACCCAUGUACAUUUUUCUGUGCAGCCUGUUUGUAAAUGAGCUGUUGGGUAGUACAGGGCUAUAUCCAUUCCUCCUGGUUCAGAUCCUCUCUGACAUUCACACUGUUUCUGCUCCUUUUUGUUUCCUGCAGAAUUACGUUUUAUUUUCUUAUGGAGGGGUGGAAUACUUAAACUUAGCCGUCAUGUCUUAUGACAGAUAUCUCGCUAUCUGUCGGCCUCUACAAUAUAACACACAAAUGUCAUUUAACAAGAUUUCCAUGCUUAUUGCUGUAACAUGGUUGUUUCCUUUACUACUGUGUGUUGUGAUGACAUACUUGAGUAGCUCCUUACAGCUGUGUGGGACAAUUAUUGAGAAAGUGUACUGUGACAACUACUCCAUUGUCAGACUGGCGUGCAAUGACACAACGAUCAACAACAUCUAUGGACUCGUUAUCACUGCACUCUCAAUCUUUUGUCCUCUAAUGCUGAUCAUUUACACUUACAUUAAGAUUCUUAAAAUAUGUUUUUCUGGCUCUAAACAGACGAGACAGAAAGCUUUCAGCACCUGCGUUCCUCACCUUGUUUCUCUGCUCAACUUUUCAUGUGGGGCUGGCUUUGAAAUAUUACAGAGUAGGUUCAAUAUGAGCAAUUUACCCAAUAUUUUGAGAAUAUUUUUAUCAUUGUACUGGCUGACAUGCCAGCCGGUUUUGAACCCUUUACUUUACGGUCUUAAUAUGUCAAAAAUCCGCAUCAUGUGUAAAAGUCUUGUCUCUGCUAAAAUGUAG